AUGGCAUCCUGUUUUAGUGAAUAUGCAACACAAGUGAUAUCCGAUGCAUCAUGUUCCACAGUUACGAACCAUUCAUGCAUUUCUCCAAGCCUCAUCCCUUCAGUGCAGAUUGCAGUCACUUGUCUAUACAAAACAAUUCUUUCGGAUCACAGCUCUCUGUUGAUCACGGUCACUUGGUGCAAAAACAACUUGUCACAAGGCCUGAGCAUAAGUUUUGGAGAUGAUUCUGCCACAACCUUCAAACUUAACCCGAAUUCGCGCUUGUUUAGGAGGAAGAAAGGCAGUAAGUGGAUAGAUUUGAGGAAUUCCAAGUGUGAGAUCAUCUGGGAUUUAUCCACUGCUCAGUAUAAAACCGGUCCAGAGCCGGUCCAAGGCUACUACAUACUGAUCAUGGUUGAUUCAGAACUCGGCUUGGUUCUCGGAGACAUGGCAAAAGAAGCAGCCUCCAGGAAAGUCAAGAAUGGCACACAUUUGGCUGAGUUCACAUUGGUUUCCAGAAAAGAGCAUUACUCUGGCAAUACAUAUUACUCUACCAAGGCUAAAUUCUGCGAAACUGGGAUCUCCCACGACAUUGUCAUCCGGUGUAGUGGUGAUCACGAAGGCCUAAAGUGCCCUGUGCUAUCGGUUUGUAUAGACAAGAAAAUGGUCUUGAGGGUGAAAAGACUGCAUUUGAAUUUCAGGGGCAAUCAGUCCAUUUUUGUGGAUGGUUUGAUGGUUGAUCUUUUCUGGGAUGUUCAUGAUUGGUUCUUCAGUCCGGGCUCUGGUUACGCGGUGUUUAUGUUCAAGACAAGAAGUGGAAGGGAUAGAAGGCUGUGGCUAGAGGAGAGAUUGAUGCACAAAGAUGUGCAAGAGGAAAAUGAGUUUUGUUUGUUAAUCUAUGCUUGUAACAGAAGGUGA